AUGGCAACCGGCAAGGGAGAGGAGCACAUAGUGACUACUACUGCCCCAUCCUCACCACCCAUAGAAGCCAACGGUGAAGUUGGGGAUCACAAGUACAGCGAUGAGCUUCACACAAAGGCUAUGCGAAAGAUUGACUUUUGGCUCGUGGGGUUCUACUCGGUUGUGUACAUCUUCCGCGUCAUCGACUCUGGCAACUACUCCAACGCGGCCAUCAUCAACCUUGAAGAAGGGAGCGGAAUCAAAAAGGAGCUCGGCUUCAGUCCGUCGCAAUGGUCCUGGACGCUCUCGAUCUUCUCCUACAGUUAUCUCUUCUUCGAACCGUCGAACACCAUUUUCCUCAAAACCUUCACUCCUUCCCGCUGGAUGUUCGUUCUGAUCCUCUCCUGGGGCAUCUGCGCAUGCUCCGUCGGGGCGGCUCAGAACUUCUCGGGGAUGAUGUGCGUACGAUUCGCAAUUGGAAUGGCAGAGGCGGGAUUUUAUCCGUCGGUGCUUUAUCACAUGGCAUUCUGGUAUAAGCCGAGUGAGAUGCUCUGGAGGAUCUCCCUGUUUUAUUCUUUGGGUCAAGUAUCCAGCGCGCUGAGUGGUCUGCUUGCGUAUGCGAUCAGCUUCAUGAACGGGGUGAGCGGGCUGUCGGGCUGGCGAUGGCUCUUCAUUCUGGAGGGUCUUCCAGCCCUCGCACUGUCCGUCAUCGUUCUAUUCUGCUUGCCCGACUAUCCUGAGACUGCUAGGAUGCUGACCGAGGAAGAACGGGAGUAUUUGAGUGGUCGGUUGUCGCAUUCUGCGCCGUCGGGGAAGGACAAAAGCUGGGACUGGCAAGGUGUGAAGGAUCUCUUCUCGAGUCCCACUCUUUAUACCUUCUCGGUAUACUGGAUUGGACAUGGGAUCGGUGGUUUUGGCGUUCAUUAUGCCUUGCCGACCGUGAUCUACGAGCUUGGGUUUACGACGACGGCCUAUUCACAGUUGAUGAACAUCCCUCCCUAUGUCGCAUGUUUUAUCUUACUAAACAUCUUGGGGGUUCUAUUGCACAAAGGGUUGAUCAGGCCGUGGACCACUGCGGUUGCCAUCGAGAGCACCAUUAUCAUCUGUUACAUCGUCCUCGUCACCGUGUCUAACUCCAUCGUCAAAUACCACGCGCUCAUUGUCGCGACCGCAUGUGCCGGGUCUGCCUAUCCCGUCAUUUGGCCGGAGCGCAUUCGAGCCCUUGACGGCACGGUGGCCUCGGGCAUCGGCAUCGGGUAUACCAAUGCACUAGCACAGUUCAGUGGGAUCGCAGGUCCUCAUAUCUACAGUACGGUGUUUGGACCGACGUAUCGCGUGUCUUACGUGAUCUGCCUUUGUUUUCUUUGCGCCGCCAUCUCCGGGAUUUUGGCUUCGUGGUGGUUGGUGUGGCGGAAGGAUCGCCGGGAGCAGGGGGCAGUCCCACAGAGUCAGGAAGAAGAUUGUGCGUGA